ACUCUCGCUAUAAAGCUGUAAAAUUGAGGUCCCCCAAGCGUUAAGCUCAUCAUUUCUCUCAUCGAUUCAUCAUCCUCAGUGCUGCGCUUACCUCUCAGGGACAAUACAUACAUACAUACAGUAUAGCAAAUCCUUCUUUCCAGAAACCCGUUUCUGUUUCUCUUGACAAUUUCAAAAAUCGCUCCCAGCUAACAAGAUAAGGAAAAACAAUGGAUCCUGAUUCAGUUAAAUCAACUCUGUCUAAUUUAGCCUUUGGCAAUGUGAUGGCAGCCGCUGCUCGCGAUUAUCAGAAGGAAUUGCUUGCUCAAGAGAAGACACCAGCAUCAAGUUCUAUCAACCAAGGGGUUGACCUAGAUGAGUUGAUGGAUGAUCCUGAACUGGAAAAACUGCACGCCGACAGAAUUGCAGCUCUUAAGAAAGAAGUUGAAAAGCGAGAAGCUUUAAAGAAGCAAGGACAUGGAGAGUACAGGGAGAUAACUGAGGGGGAUUUCUUGGGUGAAGUCACUGCCAGCGAGCAUGUGAUUUGCCAUUUCUACCACAGGGAGUUCUAUCGCUGCAAAAUAAUGGAUAAGCAUAUGAAGGCUCUUGCAUCAAGGCAUCUAGAUACCAAGUUCAUCAAGCUAGACGCAGAGAAUGCACCCUUCUUUGUUACCAAGCUUGGGGUCAAAACUUUGCCUUGUGUCAUACUGUUCAGGAAAGGGAUUGCAUUUGAUAGACUUGUUGGGUUUCAAGAUUUGGGAGGGAAAGAUGAUUUCACCACAAAAACACUUGAGAUUCUUCUGAUAAAGAAAGGUAUAAUUAGUGAGAAGAAGAAUAAUGAAGAUGAUGACGAUGAAGACGGCGAUUAUCAUGAAAGUAGGCGAAGGACAGUAAGAGCAUCUGCAAAUGAUGACUCUGAUUCUGAUUGAAAAUACUGAAAAGAAACUGCAGAUUCACAUUGGAACUCUAUAUUUUCCUUUAGAUGUGGCUGUACGAAUGUUUUUGCAGGUUAUGCUGUUUUACUAUCUCCAGUUUUAAUUUUCUGAAUCAAAAUUAGUAGGACUGUCUGCUAGUUUUCAAGCCCCUAUAUUCAUCUGUGGUCUGCAAAUAUAAACCACAUGUACCUGCCGCACGGAGACUUGAGUUGGCUCAACUGAAAGGAAGGUUGAAAAACAAGCCAAUCGAAAUCUACUCAGCUCAUGUAUUGUGUGUACUUUUGAUACAGUUAUAAUGGUAAUUCAUGGAUAAACUUUGUGAA